UUAAGUUUUUUACUUUCAAACUUAGUGGCUAAGGUGGUGGGUGUUAUUAGAUUUGAAUAGGGGGGAGAGAAGUUAGUUGGAGUUGGGGCCACAUAGCUCCACUUGUUCCGCGCCCGUAUUCACCUGAUUUAUCUAAAAUUAGGGUUUUCCAGAUAUUUUAUGGUUCUCUUUUCGCAUUGGAAGGCCACAGUGCCAUUAAAACCGCGUUAUCUCUCGUCCAAGUUGAACCCACUCUCAUCCAAUAUUCUAAUUUUGCCACAAAAUUGAGCCGUUCUCCCAAAUUAAUCAAAAUAUAAACCCAUCCCCCUCACAGCGCUUCUCAUCCCCCUCGCCUUCCUCCCCCCUCCACCCUGCAUGCGCCAUGAAGAUUUUUAACCCCUCCAAAUGUUUUCUCCAGAACGUCGUGUGUCCCUGCGACACCAUCUUCAUUAAGAGGAUGAAACCUUUCGAUCUGGGUCUUUCCCACCUCAACCAAUUCCAGUUCAGAGCCUACAAUUGAUAAAUCCAUAGACCAGAGGUAGAGUAAACAAAACAAAAAAAAAAAACUUAGCUUCUUUCAACAUCCCAAAUCUCCCACCCCCCGCGUCAUGGAUCCAGGAUCCAAGCCCAACAGGAACAUCCUCUUCAACAAGUACGAGAUAGGGAAGCUCCUGGGACAGGGCAACUUCGCCAAGGUCUACCACGGAAGAAACCUCAGCACAAACGAAAGCGUGGCCAUCAAAGUUAUUAAGAAAGAGAGGCUGCAAAAAGAGAGGCUGGUGAAGCAAAUAAAGCGCGAGGUGUCUGUGAUGCGCCUCGUGCGUCACCCUCACAUCGUCCAGCUCAAGGAAGUCAUGGCCAACAAGGCCAAGAUCUUCAUGGUCGUAGAAUACGUUAAAGGAGGGGAACUCUUCGCCAAGGUCGCAAAGGGCAAGAUGAAGGAAGACGUCGCCAGAAAGUACUUCCAACAACUCAUAAGCGCCGUCGAUUUCUGCCAUAGCCGCGGCGUCACCCACCGUGACUUGAAGCCGGAAAAUCUCCUCCUUGACGAGAACGAGGACCUCAAGGUCUCUGACUUUGGCCUCUCUGCCUUGCCGGAGCAGCGGAGAUCCGACGGGAUGCUCCUCACGCCGUGCGGAACGCCGGCUUACGUGGCGCCGGAGGUGCUGAAGAAGAAAGGAUACGACGGGUCGAAGGCUGAUAUAUGGUCGUGCGGUGUUAUCCUCUUCGCUUUGCUUUCUGGGUACCUUCCAUUUCAAGGUGAGAACGUGAUGAGGAUCUACAGCAAGUCCUUCAAGGCUGAUUAUGCUCUUCCCGAUUGGAUUUCCCCUGGGGCCAAAUCCUUGAUCUCUAAUUUGCUUGUUGUUAAUCCCGAAAAGAGGUACUCCAUUGCUGAUAUCAUGAAGGACCCAUGGUUUCAAAUCGGAUUCAUGAGACCCAUUGCGUUUUCAAUGAAGGAAACGGCCGUGGAAGAUAACAUUGAUUUCAACGGGGAUGUUGACGAUGACGGUAACAGUAGCGGUAACGGGAACGGUAACGAGAAUAGUGGGGAAACGGCGGGGACUAAGCCGGCUCGUCCCUCUUACAAUGCUUUCGAGAUAAUAUCGUCGCUUUCGCACGGAUUUGAUCUUAGGAACCUGUUUGAGACGAGAAAGAGGUCUCCGUCGAUGUUCAUAAGCAAGUUUUCUGCUUCGGCGGUGUUGGCGAAGCUGGAGGCGGUGGCGAAGAAGCUGAAUUUUAGGGUGACGGGGAAGAAAGAGUUCAUGGUGCGGAUGCAGGGGGCGACGGAGGGGAGGAAAGGGAAGCUGGCGAUGACGGUGGAGGUGUUCGAGGUGGCGCCGGAGGUGGCGGUGGUAGAGUUCUCCAAGUCCGCCGGAGACACCCUCGAAUACCUUAAGUUCUGCGAGGAGGAAGUGAGGCCUUCUCUGAAAGACAUUGUGUGGAGUUGGCAGGGUGACACCAAUUGUCACCACUGAUUCCUCCAAUGAACUUUCCUUUCUCUAUUUGUCCAAUAAAUCAAAGCCAUAAUAACGAGUGUCUGUUUCUAUUAUCGUUGUACUUCGCUUCGAGUUAGAUUACAGGAUUUAUUACUUUGUUAAUAUUUGGGUUUGUGAUGUUGGUCCUAGCUAGUAAUAAGGAGAAUUGUCAAAAAUCGAUUAGCUAAUGAGUACACUAAUUCACCAUUAUUCAUUCCUCUUUUUCUUUUCUUUUCUUUUCUUUUCUUUUACGCUUUCUUUCAGUCUUCCCUUCAGAUCCAAAUAAAACCAAAGAAUACUAGACAUGAAAACAAAACCAUAAAAUCUCUCCUCAAAUUUACAGUAACCAAAUUUAUGUUUUAUUUGUUUUAAGAGUUACAAGUACCUUCCUUCCACAUCCUUUAUAGUUGUUUUGUUGUUCUAAAAAAACGAACAAAUGUGAUACUUAAAUAAUAAAGAGUGCUACUGCAUUGUAAAUAAUGUGUAAUAAGAAAUGUAACUGUGAUUUUCGAAUUAAAUAAAGUCUAUGUAUAAUUAUC